AUGGACACUAAGAGAGACGAUAUGGCGGAAGUCGCGCGCAUUGAGGAUGUGGGGGCGGUCGAAGUCGAUCCCAAGGAGGCGGCGAUGGUGAACCAGGCUAAUUCGGAGCUAUACAUGGAAGCCAUUCAAAGAUAUCCAGUGGAUGAAGCAAUUGAUUCAGAGGAAGAAAAGCGGCUGAAGAGGAAGUUGGACAUUCGGAUUCUUCCUCUUCUUGGAAUAUGUUACUUCUUCUACUAUGUCGACAAAACGACCCUCUCAUAUGCUGCCAUCUUCGGCAUCAAAGACUCUCUGCACUUGGUGGGUACCCAGUACUCAUGGCUGUCUAGUAUCUUCUACUUUGGUUGGCUGGCCUGGGCGAUUCCAUCCAAUUUGAUCAUGCAAAGACUCCCACCUGCCUACUACCUCGCUUUCAAUAUCUUCAUGUGGGGAGCCCUCCUGAUGUGCGAGGCUGCAUCGAAGAAUUUUGCAGCCCUCGCCGCUCUCCGAGUGCUUUCGGGAGCAUUUGAGGCGAUUGCGGAUCCGGCGUUCAUGGUGAUUGUCUCGACCUAUUAUACUCGGGAGGAACAACCAUGGCGCAUCUCAGCGUACUAUCUGUGGAACGGUCUGGGGGUGGCCGGGGGCGGUCUCAUUGGCUAUGGCAUUGGGAACAUCCAGGGCGCCCUCGAAUCAUGGCGCUACGAGUUUAUCAUUAUCGGUGCCGCCUGUGCAUUCUGGGGCAUCGUGAUCAUUUUCAUGCUUCCGAACUCCCCUACUACAUUCCGAGGCUUUAGCCAUGAGGAGAAGCUGAUCAUGAUCGCUCGCAUGCGCCGCAACCAGACUGGCGUCGAACAGAGAAAGAUUAAUUGGGCACAUAUCAAGGAGGCUUUUGUUGAUUACAAGACAUGGAUCUAUUUCCUGCUCGGCUUCGUGGGCAAUAUUCCCAACGGUGGGAUCUCUAACUUCUCGACUCUUGUGAUUGAGGGAUUGGGCUUUAAUACCUUGGACACGGCCCUCCUCGGUAUCCCACAGGGUAUUAUUGUCGUGAUCUGGAUUGUGCUCGGUGCCAUCUGCAACCAAUAUCUUCCAAAGAACAGCAGAACUCUCGUUUCUGCCCUAUUCAUGCUUCCGACCAUUGCAGGGGCACUUGGCUUCCUCCUCGCCCCUGAUGAUGCUUAUGUCGGCCGCUUGAUUUGCUUCUACCUGACUGGGUCAUACCAAGCCUCCUUCGUUGUUUGCCUGUCCAUUGUCACUUCGAACACCGGAGGUCAGUCCAAGAAGAUGAUCGUUUCCGGAAUGACCUGGUUCGGGGUGUGUGUUGGCAACAUUGCCAGCCCGUUCUUUUACAAGACCGACCAGGCUCCCAAAUAUCCUCUUGGCAUUGGCUCCCUUCUGGUUGCCAAUGUCAUUGAGCUCUGUAUCUUCUUCGUGUUACGAUAUGCAUACAAGUGGGAGAACCGGCGCAAGGAGAAGGAGCGAGAGGCUCUAAGAGAACAGGGCCAGGAUGCAAUGUUGUCGCAGAAUGCGACGGCCUUCAACGAUAUGACUGACCGGGAGAACCCCAACUUUGAGUAUGUUUACUGA